GUGCCUUCGAUCUCGAAAUGUUUUCCUGUAUACAGCAGUGACAUCUCUUCCAGUACCGUCUCGCACGCCCUCUGACAGAGGCCGAUUUCUCCGUCUUCGACAAAUAUGCUCGUCGUAUUCGUUACGUCGACUUCUCCAACUCAAGUCAGCUUCUGGCCAGAGGAUGUGAGCUAUUCCCAUAUAUCAAGGCUUUUCGGGAUCCCAUUCUUCCUUGCCUCGUCGACUUUCGUUGGGAAGUGGCCGUCGCAAAUGGUUCCAUAGGAGCCUUUCAUCUUCUAUCUCGGACAGCCUGCUUGCCUAGCAAUGAGCUUUCGCUGCUGAUGUGGUCCGAAAUCGAGCACCCGCCAGAUGAGGAGAUAUCCACUGCUCUUGUCCAAUGCAUCGAUCUAUUCAAUGAUCCCGCUUGUCCAUGGAUGCCCGAUGUGAAGAGGCUCACAUUACGCACGCUGGGGUAUCUUCCCGCAGUUGGAACUGCUGUCCAGGGCUUGAGUAAUCUGGAACACUUUUCGUGUGACCUCUGCAUGGAUAGACAGCUGCUGAACAAACUGGCCAUUCUUCCUCGAUUGAAGUCGAUCGACUUGCGCUGGCUUUUAUCUGAUGUCGCUCGAAGCCUGAUUCCAAGCCGGCCAAGCUUCGCCGCAAUCGAAUCUUUCCGGCUUUUGGGUGCUAUCGAUUCGAUCUCAGCCACUCUUCCCUUGAUUACCUCGAUUGAGUUGACCACUGUUCGCCUCGGCAUCAAAGGACUGGAGCUGAACGGGUUGGACUCGUCCUUGAUUACUCUUUUGGUUCCUCCCUCGGUGCCGGCGCGAGCUUUGUCGCUGCGGCACUUCCAUCUGGUGGGGCCAUCCUUCCGGCACCUGGUGGCAUCCUUACCAAACCAUUUGGCUCUGGGCGACUUCGCGCCUCUGUGUUCGUGCCACGCACUGGAAACGUUCUGGAUCGAUAUGAGCCUCAACGAAGUCGUCUGUACCGAUGUCGACGUCCAUGCUAUGGCCGAAGCAUGGCCGAAGCUCAUUCGACUCUCGAUCAACGGCCCGCUUCGUGCCAUGGUCAACCGAAGUCCUCCACGAGCUCGCUUAUACACGCUUUGGUCAUUGGCGAUUCAUUGUCCUCGCCUGAGCGAUCUUAGCAUCGAGAUUGACGCUCGGGUGACAGACCCGUUCUAUGCUACUUCAACGUCAGUUGUUAAGGGCUCUGAAAUGGAGCAAGUGUCAUUCCACUUCUCUCCUUGCGGAGAACCAGAGAUGGUUGCCGCAUUUCUUCGCGUGGCAUUUCCUGGGCUCUCCCUAUCUGCAUUCAGCGCCCAUUCGAAUUUGAACAACCCGGAGGAUCAAGCGAGAUGGGUCGAUGUUGGAAGGAUGCUCGAGUGAAUGUAUCGUGUCGUAUCUAGAUUUCCUGAAGA